AAUGGUCCCCCGUCGCCAUUAUUCUUAGACUUUCAUUACAAAGAAAACCGUUUGUAUUGGGCGGAUAUAAAUUCCAUUCAUAGUUCCUUCCUGAAUAAUGGAACUGGUAAGUGCAGCAUGCAGUUUUUUUAAAAAAAUUAUUCGCCAUAACUGGGUCUUUACCUUUCUCUUGUUGAGGUAUUAAAAUGGAAGAAAAUUCCUUUUCUUGAGGGUGAAUGUGGGAAGAAAAAACGGGGGGAGAACUAUGUUGUCUUGCUGCUUUUGAUUUUUUUGAAGGGUUGGAAAAAGACCUCAUACAUAGGGAGAUAUCUAUUAACCCACCCCCAUCGUGGUACAGGAGGUGAGGUUAAUGGAACCCCUCCCCAGAGUUUAUAAUAUAAUGAAUUAUUUCGAAACGAUUUUGCCUUCAGUAAAAAGCCUUUGAUCUUCUCUACAAGAUGAGUUAUAUUUAAUGGAAGGUGGCGCUGCUGGAGGCCUCUGACGUCACCGACGAUGGUCGCCGUCUUGGAUUUUACAAAGAAUUAGAAAUCAUGUUUCAAACCCCGAUAAAGCGCAAUUGUUUGUGCUUGACGUGUAAAAUAACACAUAAAUAAGCACUUUGCAUCAUUUCAUCCACAAGUUUUACUUUUAUUGUUGAAAGAAGUAGAAAAAGCGUGCAUUUUCAGUCAAAAAUGGCUUGACCACUUGCUACUUAUGACGUCAUAUUUCGUAACCAUAGUAACUGACCAUCACUAAACUUGCCUCAAAAUGCGCGCCAGGGAUAAACAAACAGCCAUUGAAAACGUCAGGUGCUGAUGUUUUAUCCUUUAGGACAAAAUUCAAAAAAACCUCUUAGGGGGUUGGCAAUCACUCUCCCCCCACCCUCCUUGUUCGUCCGACGGUUAUGGAAUAGCCCUACAUCAUCUUAAUUGGCUGCAAACCUCGAUAACCAAAACUCCCGAAAGAAUCUUGUUUAAUAAUGAAAUUUCUAAUCUGAAGCAAGGGUUUUCAGAUUUUUACAUUAGUUAGCAAAUCUCGAUGAUGAAUACUUUCGCGAUGUCGUUAGCCUCAUAUCUCCCCCCGCGAGCCUACACGUCAUUAACGUUGUUGACCCUUUGGCUGUUAUAGGUAUUCAAACCCUUCACAGAAAUCAGCCUGCCAUUAAAGGAUUAGCGGUUGACUGGGUUGGCAAUAACAUAUAUUGGCUUGUUCAGGAUCGUGUAAUGGUUUCCAGAACAGAUGGACGCUAUCUUAAGACCCUGAGACUAGAUUCUACCAUGGAUAGAAAUCUUAUGCUUGAUCCUGAAAGAGGGUAG